AUGUUAAAAUACAUCAUACGGAUCAUAUUCUUAACAAUUUUUCUCAUCGUGAUAGUGCGAACAGUAGUGUCUCUUCCUCUAAAAUUACGUUCUCAAACUUUACCGCCUUCUACGGUGCCAUCUCCUCCUAUGACGUCCGUGCCGAGCGCAGAUGCUCCUCUUUCAACAACUGGUGUGAAUUCACACCCAAUAAAUAGUGCACCAAACUUUAAUGCUUCGCCGAAGAACCCCACACAUCAAUUACCACCAGAAAAUAUUCAUCCUACCAGUACGAAUGCAGACAUUCCCGUUACACAUGUACCGUUAUCGACCACACCAGUUAAUCCGAAUAAUCCCGUAGCAUUGCCCAGAAAUAUCGCACCACUAAGUGGAAUGCCUAAUCCUUUUGGUAAUAAUCUACUUGGUCAAAACAUUGUACCGUUUAUGUAUAAACGCUCUAAUAUCGCGUAUAGAGCUCCAUAUAACGCGUAUAACAUUCCAUAUAACAUUCAUAAAAGGGGAAUUGUUCCGAAUCUUGGAAUGGUGUUUCAUAAUCCUCCUCUUUAUAGACGUAAUAAUCCUUUCAUUCCUAUUCCUAUCAUCGGUAAUGAACGCCGUGGUGCUUGGUUUUAA